UUUUAGAGCAGUCGUGGCCGUUAAACUAUAAAUUAAAUCUGUGAGUUUAAUGAAGGGUGUCGGUGCUGCUUGUUUAUUAGGCGUGACGGGCGUUAAUGCAUGGAUGAGGAGCGGCCGUGCCCGGGCCGCACUGCUCCGCUCCGCGUGUGAUGAUGAUGACGAUGAUGAUGAUGAUGUCCCGGAUGGCUGACUGAGGAGCUGGCCGGGCUGCAGCUCAUCCCGCUCGGCCGACCGUCGCUUAACCGAGCAGGCCCCGGUGGUUAAUAUGGAACAUUCCCACAGACCAAUUGAUUCACACCGGCGGGGGGAGAAAGGGAGCCCUGUAGUAGCGGCAGAUUAGAAAAGCAGCUCAUUUCGCUGCUUCUUUAUGGCUUCUGGCUCCGGAGAUGACGAGGGGAACGCGGAAGGCGGCUUGUGGAGGCUCGUAGGCCCGGCCGCGGAGCUCUCCAGCAAGCGCUGCCGGCUGAUGUACUCCCCGCUCGGCCGCGGCUCCGACGUCUGCCUCUUCUACGUGAAGGGGGAGUUCUUUGCGAUGGAUGCUCGCUGCGCACAUUCCGGUGGCCCUCUGUGCGACGGGGACAUCGAGGAGGCCGAUGGGGUCCUGAAGGUCUUCUGCCCCUGGCACGACUACGACUUUGAGCUGAGAACCGGGAAGUCAGGCACCUCCUUACAGCAAAAGGUGUAUGAAGUCAAGCUGGAGGACGGCAACGUGUAUGUAAAACACACCACUCGUCUCUCCUUACAGCCUUUCCCUGCGGAUCCGAAGAGCUGAACAACCUCAUCUUCCAGCCCUGCGUGAGACGGCUGUGCUGUAUAGCGAAGCCCCACUCUGGCUAUUUUUAAGACUUGUUCCACAAACCCAAGCCAUCUGAAACAUUCCUAUGCCUUAUCUGUCCUUUUUUUUCGCAGACUGUUUCUACUUAGAUUGCUGUGGACUCAGGAUUAUAUCUGAUUGUCUGAAGAGGGCAUGACAUCAUUAAAUUGUUUCAGAGUUUUUCUUGCUGGCCUUCCAGGUGGAGACUCAUCACAGACACUGAGCACGAACAGCUCACGGCUGACUUUGUUCACACACCAGACAGAAGCUCGAUGCUGCUACAUAAAUACAGAACACUGACUUUUCUCAGCAGAUGUUAUGGAAAGGAUCAGCAUAUUUGAUUCUGGGCAGAGCAUAAGUUGUUUGCCCAUUUCAUUUUUGGGCAUUCAAAUGUUUAACUGAAACCCACUAACCACCAUCUGAAAGUGUUCUCAAACUCCUUCCUGCCAAUCUAUUGCCGGUCUUGUAUGCACUAGCAAGCAAAUAUUUGGUAUACAGAGAAUUCUCCCAAAUCCUGUCUCUAAUUGAAUGCAGAAUGAUCAUUUGCACAGCUCAAACCAUUAUUGCAGUGAGGGGAUGAAUGCUUGAAAUGAAUCCUUUGUGUUUUUGAGUAACGUUGGACGCCAUCAGAGUUAUUACAUUCAACCCAAUCAAGCAGAAUAAAUGUUGUAAGUACUGCAAAACAUCAAAGUUAAAACUGAAGUUCAGCUUUUGGUUUGUUAAGAUGAUUUUUCUAUUUCUUUCUGCUUAUGUUCAGGCACAAAAAAAACCCAUCUGGUUAGAUUUAAGACAAACUCACUGUUUAGCAUGAAAUACGUGUUCUGGUCACCACGACAAAUAGCUGGAAAAAAAGUUGUCUGGCAGUCAUCUGGAAUUGUCCGAGGUUUCCUUAAAAGCACCUGGUUUUAACGCCCAAAGCUUUGGAUGGGAAUGUCGCCAGGUUUCCUUAAAAAUAUCCAGUGGUGUGAUUCAAACUGCAGUCGGUUAUUUGGCAGCCUUGGUCGUAUCUGUGGCUUGCAAAAAACUUUAGCUGCUUACAUUAUAUCAUGGUGACCGAGCUGUUGCAUUAUAUAAUUUAAGACCUAAUCCAGUGAUUUUUUUUUUCCCUGAUGUCCAAACUGAUGGACAGAACUGAUACCUGUCACCUCUCCUGAAUAUAAAGCUUGCACUGAUUUUCAGCGUUGUAAAUUUGUAAUCAUGUCAUAGUGAACGUGUGCUGACAGUUGUCUUUUUAGCAACCGACAGCGAACUGGGCCUUGUGUUCUUUACUACCAAUAAUCCUCUUCCAUGUCUUUAACAAGCGUUACCUGAGGCCUCAAAUUGUCACAGAGUAGCAGUCACACUUGUUGAGUUGUGGCCUUUGGAUAAAUUUAGACUUUUAUUCCAGUGAUCUCACGCGACAGAAACUCCUUUUUUUUCAGAAUUUGUGCUUCUGGACAGUUUUUUAACCCACAUGUGGUUCCAGCAAGCAGAACACACAUGAAGGGCACUGCAAUUACCACCGGUGGCAGUCCGAGCAAAAGCCGUCUCCAUCAGCGUCUCUCUCCGUUGCUGGCCUGCGCACAGACAGGUUUGUCUGGUACUGACGCAAUGGGACUCAAAGGAAACGGUUAGCAAGGCGCCGGAGGGAAGGUUCACGACCUGAAAUGCACCAUUGACUCAAGAGAAAUGUGUUUUUCUAGCUUUAUGUGUGUGUGUGUGUGUGUGUGUGUGUGUGUGUGUGUGUGUGUGUGUGUGUGUGUGUGUGUGUGUGCACUGAUGCGAGUGUUUUCUUUAUUCCUCAGUGGUGAGCGCAGUCACUCACUAUAUUUUCUGUCAGCUACACUUCUGGCUGAGGCACAGAGAGCAGUCAUGAAAGUGUCAUUGACAGCGUGGCUCAACACGCUCAUUUUCCCUUCCCUGCUGCGCUCCCCGUCGUGCGACUUUAUUACACUAGUAAUUCUCAUCCCCUCGUGGCCGGGGGGGUAAUGGGCAGACACAAUGGAGAUGCAGCUAUUUGGUGUCCAUGUAAACAUAGUUCAAGAUUCUGCACAAGUCAGGAGAGGUUUCCUACACUUCUAUAUGCUGACAUUACAUUGAGCAUUCAUGUCAGCCUUUUGCUACGCGUCUCUUACUUUUAUUUCAUGUGUUUGAAUAUUUUUGAUACAUUUCGUUUCUUGUUUGUUGUGUGAAUUAUUUAUGGUAUGUUGAAAUGACUGCAUACACUUUAAUUUCAACCAGUUGUAUGUCACCAUUUUUAUUUAUUGUUGGGACUUAUGCAAGAUGUGAAAUUGUACCUGUAUUGUUUGAUUCACAAAUUAAAUUAUUGUAUGUAA